CUCGGCAAUAAAAAACCAAGCGUAUUAAAUCAAAAUCACCAUGACCACUGAAAUGUCGGAGGAAGAUCUGUCGGCGCCCGAAGAAGAAGAGGACUUGGGACCCAACAUUGGCCUCUAUAUAGGCGGUCGCAAUGCGGCCGGGCAGAGACACGGCAGAGGUUGGGCCAUCCUGCCCAACGGGGAUCAGUAUGAUGGGAACUACCGGAAGGGUCGCCGUCAUGGAAUCGGGCUGUACGUGUUUAAGGACGGAUCCCGGUACUACGGACAGUACCGCUGUGGCAAACGCUGCGGGCGUGGCAUUUUCAUCUAUCCGGACGGAUCCGUGUACGAGGGCAACUGGCGCAAGCACGUGAAGCACGGCAAGGGACGGUACAACUACGUGAAUGGAGACACCUAUUCAGGCGACUGGUUUAAGGGACAACGGCACGGGGUGGGAAUCUAUCGGUUUAAUAGCGGCACCGAUGGGUGCUGCCUAUCCGUUAGAUUGAAGUCGACCUGGAACAGUAAUUUGCGGACGGGUCCCUUCGAGCUGUACAUCGGGAACGAAGACAAGUGCACAAUUCUCCACGGAACUUGGGACUCAUUAUACCCCAGUGGACCAGCUGUGUUCAGCUUUAACAACCGGUACCUGCUGCUGGGCUACUUCCUGCCCGCCAAUUACAACUUCGGGGCUAUUGGCAACGAUGACGAUGUGGAGGACAUUGAGGAGCCGAUGGAUGACGAGCAGGGCUUCGAUGAGCCAAUGGCGCCCACCCUUUGGUUUGCCCAGGAAAUUGCCGUUUACGACUUCUCUCUCUUGCCUCAGGAGCCGGUUCCCCUGGCCAUUUCUGACUCGGAGCUGUCCAUCUGCUCGCUGUCCACUGUGCCGAGCCUUCGCAGUGAGGAGAAGAUCAGUUGGUACGGAGAGGGUGAGGAGGCCGAGGGCGAGGAGGGCGGCGAAAUGGAGUGCUUUCCCUGCGAAUGCGAUCUUACCGAUCUCAGUGAGGUGGAGACGGAAAGCGAGGUGUGCAAGAUCGACGCUAAUCCGUGUGCUAUUGAGAUCCUCAAGCAGCCCGAGUGCCCUGAUCCCUAGAAAUUUGGCUGCAUAUCAGGAUUAUUUCGUUAUCUUUGUUUUUGGUUUACGAAUGUAUUGAAAAGUCAUAAAUCAGAUUUUAGAUCGGAA